AUGUAUCCCGACACAUCAGAUUCGAAUGCGAGCUCCGAGAAUGACCAGGACGAGGUCAUGGAAGACGUAGACGAUGCCGAUGGCGAUAUAGAACCCGAAGACGAGGAGAAUGAUGACGAUCAGGAAGAUGGUGACCGAGAAGAAACCGGGGAGGAUGCCCAAGACAAGGCUGAUGAAGGAGCGGCGGGGGAUCAGAGACAACGCUCUAGGGCCAACUCGGCUGAUGCAAGAACAUCCCCAGAGCAAAAGGGCAAGUCACCACAGCCUUCUUCGAGCCUGUUCCCGACCGUCAGGCCCGAAGCCGUCACUGCAAGACUUUACGAUAUCGUGCCUACCAUGGCUGCACCGCAGGCCACGAGCAUCAAUGCUAUCGCUAUUACCCCCGACCUACGAUAUUGGAUGACAGGAGGGUCUGACGGCUACAUCCGCAAAUAUGACGGUCCAGGCACUAUAAAUGGCAAACAACUUCUUACAGUGGCACAGAGACAUCCCUUUGUCGAUAGUGUCGUCAAGGCGGGCAUUUUGAUGUCGUACUGGGAGAACGAAGAGCCGGGGCCGCCAAACCCGAGGGGCAACGAGGAACACGUGCUGUCACCAGUCUACUCUCUAGCUGUCCAUUCUCAGGCCCUUUGGCUGCUGUCCGGUCUCGAAUCUGGUGGGAUUAACCUUCAGAGUGUAAGGCACGACGAAGGAAAACGUAUAACUUGCCUCCAGCAACACACCAAUGCUGUUAGCGUCUUGUCAUUGGCACAGGAUGAAAAGAGUGUGCUCAGCGGCAGCUGGGACAAGAACAUAUUUGACUGGGACCUGAACACUGGUACUGUAAAGCGUACUUUUGAUGGCAGUGGAGGUCAAAUCUCCGCCAUUGAGCUCCGCCCAGUAAAUGGGGCGCCGAUUCCAGCCGAUGCGAUGGAAGAAGACAUCAAGCCUGAUGCAACCUUCAGCUCCAACAACGGGAAGCCUUUUCGGAAUGGUACUAGUGGUGAUGCAACUGGCACAGAGGUUCAAGGGUCUAAUGCACCUGGUGAGGGUGACGAAGGCCAGGCAUCUCCAGCUCAUGAAUCGCUCUUUGGAGGAAGUGACACUGGCUCGUUGUUUGGCGACAAUGUUGGGGGUAACUAUGGUGGUGAUGAGGAUGACGAGUUCUCAAGGGCCAUGGGUGACAUGGGGAUGCCGCCUCUUCACGACAGCUCAGGACAGGACGGCGGUAUGGACCAUUCAGCCGACAUCGACAUGACAAAUGCCUUCAAUGCCGAUGCGACUUCUGCGCCGGCAGUUCAGCCCCCGGAGACCGGGAGUCCCGAGGCCGCAAGGCAGCAGCCUGCGGCGCAAGGUACAGAAACCCAUGAAACGGAUGGCCAGUCAACUAAGGAUAGCGCAAACGACGUCGCUGUGCAGCCUGACGAGUCAAGCUUGGAGGAAGUUGCGGCCGCACCUGAUGCUCAGGUAUCAGAACCGGCACCGGGAUCUCCAUCCCUCAUUUUUGCCUCAGAUCCUCCGCCCCCAGCCAUGGAUUCCACGCAGUCCGCCGACACCGUCUUCUUUUCAGCGGCUAUAGAUGGCACAAUUCGACUUUGGGACCGACGCGUACAAGAUCCUGUUGCGAGGAUAGGAAAUCAACGUGGUGUGCCACCUUGGUGCAUGGGCGCAUGCUGGAGUCCUGAUGGUAAUUGGAUUUACGCCGGCAGGCGUAACGGUACUGUGGAGGAGUACAGCAUACACAAAGCCAGAAGCGGCUGGGCUCCUGAACGAUCUUUAAGGUUUCCUGCCGGCAGCGGAGCCGUAAGUGCGGUACGGGCGAUGCCUAAUGGGCGACAUCUUGUCUGUGCAUCGCAUGAUAUUUUGCGGCUCUACGACCUUCGAGAUACGCGGGCCUUCAAACAUUCCACUGUCCCGUUCCUAAUUAUCCCCGGUCCCCCACGCGCUGGUGUUAUUUCGACCCUAUAUAUUGAUCGAACCUGCCGCUUUAUGAUUUCAGCCGCCGGCACACGCGGCUGGGAAGGAACCAGCACUGAGGUGUUGAUAGGGUAUGAGAUUGGAGUAAUUGAGGAGAAAUAA